CUGAACUGUGAGAGCCAGGCGAUUUAUGAGGGCCCCUAUGAUGGAGGAUGACCUGGACCAGCUAUUGGAUGAAGUGGAGACCAAAUACUGCGGGUCCGGGGCCAGCACAGAAGGAAGGAAUCAGAGGGAGCCCAGCAGGUGUAAAAAACCUGUUAAAAAGGCAUGUGCUGAAGAUGAGAAUAUUGACGAUUUGAUUGAAGAUAUACUCAAUGUACACUGCAACGAAGACAAGAAGCAAAAGACGAAACCUGCAAGCCAGCAGUCCUGCAACAUUUCAUAUCAGAUUGGCAGUAAAAAAUGUUGUCCGGUGUACAUUGGUGGAAGCAACAUUACCUUUGGCAUUGGUACAAAUAUAUCAGAAAGAGCUUGUAAUCAUCUACGCUGCACCGCCUGUGAUUUUAAUGUGGUGAUAUUUGAUGACUACGCAUGGGAUCAGUCGUGUGACUACCUCUUCUUCAGGAACAGUAUGCCUGAGCUCGACAAAUUACAGACUAAGAUGAUAAAAAAGAAGGUAGCAAGAGCAUAUGCCUGUCAGUGCACCUGGAGGUCAGUUAAAGAACUGAUGGACAUCAGACAAGAUCAACAGCUCCGCUGGGUGUGUGGAAGACAUUCCUAACUGAAUGCCGUGGAAUUAUUCAAAUACGGGAGACACGCUGUAUGGACCAUCGGCAUGCUGUCUCUUGAAGCUUUGUUUCCAUUGAGAAGACUAUACUCUGGUCUUAUAUUAACACAUUGUAUGGUUAAGUGCCCUUUUAUUGUAUAAACUGUUUCUCUUUUUGAUGGUAUAGGGAAAUCUAAAAGAACACCCUAAUAGUAGCUCUUGAUUUAGGAUCAUUCCAUGCUGUGGCACUCGUUUUGCAAACAACAACCUAGCAUAUCAGGGACCAUGGCAUGAAAAGCUACAUGCCAUAUAGACCACAUUUUGCUGCCCCACUCUCAGCAUGUGCAGAGUGCUCUCUCAUCAUUCCAUGUAUUCGCUAAAUGUUAUAUUAUCAGCCUCUGUAUCCACAAUGAAUUCUCUUGUUUAGCUUAUGGAAUUAAUGUAGUCCAUUGAACCAUGGGAUAUCUGGAGCCAUUGACCGGUGCUAAAGUCUGCCGAGUCUGCUAUGUGACCCAGUAUUACGCAAAGUAGAUGGUGGGAACCGCACUCAAUCCCAGCGGCCAAGGGUGCUCCGGAUCAGGACCAGCAAUCCCAGAAUUAUACA